AUGGCUGAUGGGAGGCAGGUGAAGUCUGCUGUCCGUGUUGUGGUGCUGUGUUUGUUGUGGUACCUUGUGAGUUCGAGUAAUAAUGUGAUCGGUAAGAUGUUGUUGAAUGAUUUUCCAUAUCCAAUGACUGUAACGAUGGUGCAGUUAUUAUCUAUUACGUUAUAUUCCGGGCCUUUCUUCAAUAUGUCGGGCGUCAGGAAAUUUGUUGACAUCAGCAGAAGUUACUACCUAAAAAUCAUAAUUCCCCUCGCAUUAGGAAAGUUUUUCGCCUCUGUGUCUUCACACAUCAGUAUAUGGAAAGUACCAGUUUCCUACGCACACACAGUGAAAGCUACGAUGCCGCUCUUCACAGUAAUUUUUUCAAGACUAAUAAUUGGGGAGAAACAAACACUGAAAGUGUACAUUUCACUUGUGCCAAUUAUUUUGGGUGUUGCCAUUGCGACAGUAACGGAAAUGUCAUUUGAUCUUAUUGGUCUGAUCAGCGCCUUAGUGGCGACAAUGGGAUUUUCACUCCAGAAUAUAUUUUCAAAAAAGGUGUUACAUGAUACUGGUGUCCAUCACUUACGGUUGUUGCAUAUACUUGGUCGCCUUGCUCUUUUUAUGUUUCUUCCCGUAUGGGUCUUCACAGACCUGCAGGUGCUGCUACAGGAUCAAGUUAUUAUCAAUGGAGAUAACACAACUGUCCUCUCUCUGUUGUUCAUCGAUGGAGUUCUAAACUGGUUACAGAACAUCAUAGCUUUCAGUGUUUUAUCACUUGUUACUCCUCUGACAUACGCUGUAGCGAGUGCCUCCAAGCGCAUUUUUGUCAUUGCAUCAUCUCUGUUUGUGUUGGGCAACCCAGUGACACUGACAAAUGUUUUUGGCAUGAUGAUGGCUAUAUUUGGUGUUUUGUUUUACAAUAAGGCAAAAUAUGAUGCAAAGAGAACUCACCAGAAACAGACACUGCUGCCAUUCUCACAGCAAUCGUGGCACAAUCAGACUGGCUAUGCAGUGCUCCCAGUGCCUGAGUAUCAGACAUACAAUGUUCCUUUCAAGUCAAAUGGUGUUGCUAAUGGGCAUUAUCAUUAUAACUUCGGUGGCACAAAGAAAAUGGAGUAUAUCUGAGCAUUUAUGACGUUGAUGAAACAGUUGGUGUGUACAAAUGAAGUGGCGAUUAGAUACUGAAAUUUUAUUGUGUGAAAUACAAUUCUGUGCCACAUGCCAGAACAUAAACUAAAAGAUAAUUAUUUAUAUUUAAAAUACUAUAUUUUUGUACAUGUUAUUAGGUUUGGAGGAGGAGCAGUGCACUUUCUUUGUGAAUCUGUAAAAGUUAAAUGAGGAUGCUACUGUAUAGUAGCAUAUAUUGGUUACAUUAUUUUUGAUCUGUUUUGAAGAUUUAAUCUAUUUAUUAUUUAUUUAUUUAUUGAUUUAUUUAUUCCCAUGAGUAUUUUAUGAUCUGCCAUAGUAUGCAGGUUAAAAUCUGCAUUUUCAAACGUUUUACUGCUUAUGAGAUCUGUGACUUUUACAGUAUGCGUGGUGCAGUAUUUUAUAAUAAUUUAAUUUUGUUCAUUUAUUAUUACAUUUUAUUGGAAAUUAAUAGCCACGUGUGGAGCCUUCCAUUAUUUAUAAUAUUUCUAGUUGUUCUUUUUUAUAGCAACCACUGCCCCAUCUUACUGAAAUAUAAAAGCUAUCUUUGUGUGUUCCUUUCCCUCACCUCAUCUCCACCCCUCCACCUUCCUCUCUCUUGCUAAAUAACACUUCACUGCAGAAGAGUAAAACAAAAUAUUUUGGGAUUAGCUUUUCAAGAGUUUUACACUGGAAUAGUCAUUUAAAAAUUACAUAAACAUUAACUUCAUUGACAAUAUUUUGUGGAUAUUCAGAAAUAGUUUGACUGAGCUGUUACCCCAUUCUGAGUGGUGAUACCAUGUAAUUAUAAGUAGUGAAUAAGAGGCAGAUGUAUGCAAAUGAUAUUUAAAUUCCAAAUGUGAAAGUAAUUUGUUUAUUAAAGACAUUAAAUGUAUUUAUUUGGUGUUUUUCCGUAGAUGUUUGGUGUUGUGGAUUGUAUAAGUUUACUUUGGUUUCUUAAUGGUGACAUUUUGUGUUAUGUUUGCGACAAAGAUCUGAUGCUGUAAAACAUGAUGAUGUGAAGUUUGCAAUCAAAUCUGCUAGUGUACCUGAAACUACUAUAUAAGUAAACUCUUUAUUUGUAUAAUGUAAAAUCCAGGAUGGAAUAGUGACAGUAUUAUGGAAAGGAUAGAUUUCUACUCACCAUAUAGCGGAAAUGUUGAGUCGCAAACAUGCACAACAAAAAGACUGUGGCCCUGACAGCCAGAGACAGUGGCCAUGUGUGAGAGCUGUGUUUGUAUGAAUAUAUGUGUGUGUGUGUGUGUGUGUGUGUGUGUGUGUGUGUGUGUGUGUUGUAUAUUUCAGAAGAAUGUCUUGUGGCUGAAGGCUAUGUAUUUAGUAGUCUUUUUGUUGUGCCUGUCUGCAACUCAACAUUUGCUCUGUAUGGUGAGUAGCAAUCUAUCCUUUUCAUAAUAUUGUCUUUAUGUGUAUAAUUAAUAUUUGUGACAGCUGCUAAAACCUUCACCAUAAGUAAGAAGAAAAAAUGUUUCAUCAUUGGGCAGUCCUAGAACGUUAUGUACAUAUGUCAAGUUAUUCAUUUAUUUUAAAUUAAUUUUAUAUUUAUAAUUUGUAUGGUGCACCUUUAUUGGUUUGCAGAAACUGGAAUUAACUCUCUGGGAGCAGCUAGAGGAAAGGGGAAGGGGUUGCUUUUGUCUUGAGUUGUGCGUUUUUUCCAUACGGACGGCAGUUAUCAUAAUAGUACACCAGUAUGAUUAUUACAUGACAGUUACUGCAGUGUUUAAGACCGUGUGUCGAGUUCAUUUGAAUUACUUGUGAAUAAUACAUUUGUUGUGAUAUGCAAGCACACAGUAUAUAUUAUGAUAUUUCAGCUGGAGUCAAUAUUUUGAAACAGUGUGUACCUGCUUUAACACCCCUCCUCCCCUCUUCUUCAAACUGCCAUGUGCUAUCUUUGUCAACAAAUAUGAGUGGGCUUACUUCCCAUUUGUGGAGACUCAACAUGUGAGUUAAAAAAUUGUAAUACAUUGUGCAAAAUAUAGGUUAAUAUUUUUGUGGUAGAUAUUUCUGUUGCUCAUUACUGAUUUUAGAUUAUGUUUGUUAAAAUGGUAAUUUUUUUCACUGCAAAAAAUCAACAACUUUUCAUUGCCUCCAUUCUUUCAACUCAAUAUUUUUAUUGCAGUAUAUUUCUAAUGGAGUAAGUAAUAAGGUGCAAUAUGGUAUUAGGUGUUCAGCUGGGUGGAAAAUUCCAUCUUUCUGCACAGCUUUUUAAUACAUCACCUAACUGUUAUGCAUGCUACAUGCCUGAACUCAAACCAAAGUGAUAAAUUGUUGAUGUUGCACUGCUAUUCAUAGUAGACUUUGACACUGUGCUCUCAACGCCAUUUGAUGCAUGUUUGUUUUCUGGUGCUUGCUCCCACCAUUCCAUGUAACUGAAAUCCCUUUAGUGUAUUUUGGCUGUGACAGACGAUAUGAUGAUGUAUGGCAGGAUUAAAACGGAAGUGAAAGCAUUACAAAUUCAAUAACAACAAUUCUAUGGCAAAGAAUUCUCGGAGUCGGUGAAGCUGUGCACUAUUAUUUGCAUUAGGAUUUAAAAGUUUUUGUAUAUGUUUUUUUAAAAUAUGUAGAGAAACUUAGUUGUUUAUGACUAGAACAUUUAUAAACCUACCCUCCAUUUUUUUGAUUACUUGCAGCCUGUUUUUAAACAUACUGGACAUUUUCUUGGUUUUCUAUGUGCCUCAAUUCAUGUGUUUGACAUCACACUUUGCUUAAGAAUUACCGGUUGUCAACUUCGUAAGAGCAGUUCUAGACUUUGCAGUAUUUCUGAGCCAUGUAUCUGCAUUGUAUCUCACUAGGGUGACCAACAUUUGAUUGUGAUUUUAAGUGAGAUGACCAACAUCUGACCACGAUUUUAAGGGAGAUUUAGUUGCUAUAAUUUAAUCUGCAUAACAGCAUUACAUUUUAUUGGCAUGGAUGACAGUGGAGAUAUAAAUAUAAGAAAACUGACAUACUUCACUUACUUUUAGUCUGUUAUGUUGUACGGUAUCAUAUUUUGUGUUGCAAAAUGUUGUUGUGUUGUGUGAGUCAGUUGAGAGAUAAUGUAACAAGUGUGUUUAAAUAUGAAGGGCUUUGUAUAAUCUGCUUUCCAAAGCCCAUGUUACUUCCUUGUAUUAUUUGUACCAUAGAUGCUGGUCCGUGGGUUGCCAGUACUGACCGAGAAACAAGUAAACAUAACCCCUCUUGUUACUCCUAUAGACGUGUAGGCUGUGUCAUUGUGAUUCCACUUCUCAUAUUCCCUUGAGCCAAACUGUCUUCUUUCUGCAGAAGUGAGAACAGAAAAACAGACUGUGUGUUGACAGUAGUAUUGAUUAUUAUACAAAACUUUUCAAGAUCUGUCAGUCAGGUAAUCUGAACUGUCAACAGUACUUUGUGGGUUUAAUAUUUAUAAUAGUGAUAAUUGAUGAAACAUACUGGAGAAACAGGUAAUCAAUUAGGGAGCUGGGAGGACUGAAAUGAAAUCAUAUGUGAGACCCUGGGAAAUACAGCAGAGUUGGUCACCUUACGUCUCACCAUAGUUUCUUUUUUCAUGUGAUAAAUGUGAAAACUACACAGUUUCAUACUAUCAUAUCACCAGUGUGGAGUAUGAUUCCACAGCUGCAAUCAAUUUGGAAGCUUUUCUGUGUAAAAUUGGCUGCAGUGCCAGAUUUAUUUGCAGAGUAUUUAUUAUUGGUGAAGUUGCUGGGAAAAAGAUCAACCAAGACACAAUUCUCCACAAAUCUUGUAAUAGAUACAAAGCCUGAUGCUCUAAUUCAUGACCCUUUAGUUAACUGCGCUAUCUCUAAUGAAAAUUAAAUAUUCUUUCAGUAAGAAAUUUUUCCAGUUUGUGAGUGGUUUUGGUGUCUUUAUCUCUUCAGUUUACUUUGGAGCUCUUAAAGUAACUCUAAAUUGUCCAGUCAAAGAUGUUGUACACAAGUCCUUUUUAACUGUCUCAUUUACAAAAGUAAUAUUGUACUUAAUUGUAUGUUGUUAUUAAAAUAUGAAACCUUAUUAAAAUAUACUUCUUUAAUGACAUUUAUAAUAUAACCACUCAUUGCUUACAUUCAUUUCAUUAUGUAUUUUAUGGUACUGAACAUGUUUUAUCAUUGUAUGUGGGUUUCAAGUUUCUUUUAAUUCUAUUAAUCUUGUUUUUAUUGUUUUCAUUUCAGCUUUUUCUGUUAUACUUCUAUUUCAGGUGAAGCCCACAUUUUUUUUACUAAACUGGUUAUUCCUUGUCCUAUAUGCAGUUGCUAUCAGGAAGAUGCAACUAAACCACUUGGGUGUUUGUGGCAUUUUAUAUAAACAUAAGAGAGAUAUGUAUCAUUGUUAAGUUAUUUUUUUCCGUAGGUGCCAAAUGAGUCAUAAUUCAUGUUUUCUUGGCUUUAGCUUGGAUAGUGGGCAGCAUGCGUUCUUUACUUUUUUAAAUUCCAUAUUAAUUUUAGAAAGUAUUCUGAAAUUUGUAAUUAUGCAGUACACUUUUUGGCAGUAUGUACUUAAUAAAAUUGUUUAUGCCUUUUUUUGAAAGGGGUUUGUCUUUUGAGUAAUAAAGAUCAUACUAUAACUGUA